CCUCUUUCUCCAUCCGUCAUCUGUGAAGAAACUUCGCACUGGAGAAGGCAGAAACAUAAAAAGAAGGAGAAGAAGCAAAAACCUUGAUUUUUUGCCUGUUCGGAUCUGCUAGGGUUCUUGGAUCGAUUGGACUAUGAACGGGGAAGGCCGAAGAAGGGAGCGUGCGUCGGCCAGAAGCCAAGCGAGAUCGAAGCUGUUGCGCAAUGCCGAGGAGGAACUGGAGGCGAAACUAGGGUUUGAUUUGUUCUCCGAAGGGGAAACGAGACUUGGUUGGCUGCUUUCUUUCUCGUCUUCGUCAUUGGAAAAUCAAGAUAGUGGUAAAACGUACAGCUGUGUGGAUCUUUACUUUGUUUCACAGGAUGGAUCUACUUUCAAAUCCAAAUACAGGUUUUCUCCUUAUUUUUAUGCUGCAACAAAGGAGACAUCUGAAUUGGAUGUUGAAGCACACCUGAGGAGACGCUAUGAAGGAAAAAUAUCAAAUAUCGAGAUUGUAGAGAAGGAGGACCUUGAUUUGAAAAAUCAUUUGUCUGGCUUACACAAGCAGUAUUUAAAGAUCAGUUUUGACACAGUGCAACAAUUGAUUCAUGUGAAAAAUGAUUUAUUGCAUGUUGUUGAAAGAAACCAGUCAAAGAUUGAAGCAGCAGAAGCUUAUGGAUCAUUGUUCACUUGGAAUAGGCAUGACAAGCAAAGGGUACAUGACUUUUUGGAUUAUAUUAUUGAUCUUAGAGAAUAUGAUGUUCCUUAUCAUGUGCGUUUCGCAAUUGACAAUGAUGUGAGGUGUGGGCAGUGGUACAAUGUUAGUGUUACCAGUACUGGUGUCAUUCUAGAGAAACGGGCUGAUCUUCUCCAGCGUGCCGAAGUCCAUGUCUGUGCAUUUGAUAUUGAGACAACCAAGCUUCCUUUGAAGUUUCCUGAUUCUGAAUAUGACCUGAUUAUGAUGAUCUCUUACAUGAUGGAUGGUCAGGGUUAUUUGAUAAUUAAUAGAGAGUGUGUGGGAAAGGACAUUGAAGAUUUGGAGUAUACACCAAAGCCAGAAUUUGAAGGUCAUUUUAAAGUUAAGAAUGCCAAAAAUGAGAGGGAAUUACUGAUGGUAUGGUUUGGUCACAUGCAAGAAGUGAAGCCUCAUGUCUACGUUACCUAUAAUGGCGACUUCUUUGAUUGGCCAUUCAUUGAAAGUCGGGCUGCAUAUCAUGGGAUCAAAAUGAGUGAUGAGAUAGGAUUUCAAUGUGAUGCUAACCAGGGAGAGUGCCGAUCAAAAUUUGCUUGCCACCUGGAUUGUUUUGCAUGGGUGAAAAGGGACAGUUACCUUCCUCAAGGAAGCCAUGGUCUAAAGGCAGUUACAAAAGCUAAAUUAGGCUAUGAUCCAUUGGAGGUGAAUCCAGAAGAUAUGGUUCGCUUUGCCAUAGAACAACCACAGACAAUGGCAUCAUAUUCUGUCUCAGAUGCUGUCGCCACAUACUACCUGUAUAUGACAUAUGUUCAUCCUUUCAUAUUCUCACUCGCAACUAUAAUACCUAUGUCACCUGAUGAGGUGCUGAGAAAAGGAAGUGGUACACUAUGCGAAAUGCUCCUUAUGGUCCAGGCAUAUAAGGCAAAUGUGAUAUGUCCAAACAAGCACCAGACAGAUCCAGAAAAGUUCCACAACAAUAGGCUUUUGGAGAGUGAAACAUACAUUGGAGGACAUGUUGAAUGCCUUGAAAGUGGUGUUUUCCGAUCUGAUCUUCCAACUAAGUUUCAGCUUGAUCCUUCUGCUUUUGAACGAUUACUUGCCAACCUUGACCGAGAUCUACAAUAUGCCAUAAAAGUAGAGGGCAAGAUGGAGUUAGAUUUAGUUGCUAACUAUCAAGAUGUGAAGGAAUCUAUUGCCGUAAAGCUUGCAAUGUUGCGUGAUGAGCCAAACCGUGAGGAAUGUCCCCUUAUAUAUCAUCUUGAUGUGGCUGCCAUGUACCCAAACAUCAUUCUAACCAAUCGGCUUCAGCCGCCAUCAAUAGUUACAGAUGAAGUUUGUACAGCAUGUGAUUUCAAUCGACCUGGCAAAACUUGCCUUAGACAUCUUGAGUGGGUUUGGCGAGGAGAGACGUUCAUGUCCAAGAAAAGUGAAUACUACCAUCUGAAAAGUCAAAUUGAGUCAGAGCUUGUAGAUGAUGUAGAUGGUGAACCAUCAAAAUCAUUCCUUGACCUCCCAAAAUUGCAGCAGCAGUUGAAGCUGAAGGAUCGUUUGAAGAAGUAUUGCCAAAAGGUAUACAAAAGGGUGGUUGAUAAACCUAUUACUGAACGUCGAGUUGCUGGGAUAUGCAUGCGUGAAAAUCCAUUUUAUGUUGACACUGUAAGAAGCUUUCGAGAUAGAAGAUAUGAAUACAAAGGUCUCAAUAAAACUUGGAAGGGAAAAUUAGCUGAAGCAAAGGCUAAGGGAAACUUGAUGCAGAUACAAGAAGCACAAGAUAUGGUGAUACUGUACGAUUCUCUUCAGUUGGCUCAUAAGUGUAUACUUAAUUCCUUCUAUGGAUAUGUUAUGCGCAAGGGAGCUAGAUGGUAUUCUAUGGAGAUGGCCGGAGUUGUUACCUACACGGGAGCUAAAAUUAUUCAGAAUGCUCGCUUGCUGGUAGAAAAAAUUGGAAGACCACUUGAAUUGGAUACAGAUGGCAUAUGGUGUGCACUGCCAGGAUCAUUCCCUGAGAACUUCACAUUUGUUACAAAAAAUUCAAAGAAGUUCACAAUUUCUUAUCCAUGCGUGAUGCUGAAUGUUGAUGUUGCAAUAAACAAUACAAAUGACCAAUACCAGACACUUGUCGAUCCUGUCAACAAAGUAUACACUACCCAUAGUGAAUGUUCAAUUGAAUUUGAAGUAGAUGGACCAUAUAAGGCUAUGAUACUACCCGCUUCAAAGGAAGAAGGGAUAUUAAUUAAGAAAAGGUAUGCUGUUUUCAAUGAUGAUGGAACUCUUGCGGAGCUUAAAGGCUUUGAGAUUAAGCGACGGGGAGAAUUGAAGCUCAUCAAAGUCUUCCAGGCUGAGGUUUUCGACAAGUUCCUUCACGGGUCAACCUUAGAAGAGUGCUAUGCUGCAGUUUCAUCUGUUGCAAACCGCUGGCUUGAUCUUUUAGAUAAUCAAGGGAUAGAUAUUGCUGAUAGCGAGCUGCUUGAUUAUAUAUCUGAAUCCAGCACCAUGAGCAAAUCCUUGGUGGACUAUGGAGAGCAGAAAUCAUGUGCCCUGACGACUGCAAAACGACUUGCAGAUUUUCUAGGGGAUACCAUGGUCAAAGACAAAGGUCUUAGGUGUCAAUAUAUAGUUGCUUGUGAGCCACAGGGCACUCCAGUCAGUGAACGUGCUAUCCCCGUUGCGAUAUUUGAGACUGAUGCUGAGAUUAUGAAAUUUUACGUGAGGAAAUGGUGCAAGAUCUCAUCAGAUGUGGGUAUCAGAUCUAUAAUUGAUUGGUCCUAUUACAGGCAACGGCUUAGUUCAGCUAUCCAGAAGAUCAUCACUAUACCUGCGGCAAUGCAAAAGGUCUCUAAUCCUGUUCCAAGAGUGAUGCAUCCUGACUGGUUGCACAAAAGGGUUCAAGAAAAAGAAGAUAAAUUUCGACAGAGGAAUAUAACUGACAUGUUCAAUUCAUCAACACAUCGCAAUCUCCCUGUACCUCAUUCCAACCAUCUAUCAGAUCAAGAAAAUCUUAUUGACUUGGAGGACAUGGUUGUCAUGGACAAUGUUUCCUUAACAGGAGGGCAAAGGUUGAUUCAUGGUUGUCAAAAAAAUAGGGGACAUAAAAUUUCUCCACAAACUGUUGUUUCUUCUGCUUGUGAGAAGGAGGAUGGAGGCACUAGCAUGGCACCCCAAGUAUUGAUGGAAUUGCAUCAAAAUGGCAGAUCAAUGGAAAGCAUUGAUAGGAACAUUGAUUACCAUGGGUGGCUUGAAAUAAAGAAGCGGAAAUGGAAAGAAACACGUGAAGGAAAAAAGAGACAGAGGUUAGGUGCUGCUCUGAAACAUCCUGCCCCAACAACUAGUGCAAGCAAGUCACCUUUUGCUAUAAGAAAUCAUAAGCUGGAUAAGCGUGCAAAUGGACUUGUUGCUUACUUCAGGAAUCGAGAAGCAGCACUAUUGCGUUCACAUUGGCAGAUAAUACAACUUGUACCAAGUCCAGAUCUUGGGAAUUUUUUUGCUUGGGUGGUCGUAGAAGACAUAAUGUUUAAGGUUCCACUUAAUGUUCCUAGAGUAUUUUACCUCAACACAAGGGCACCUAUCACUGAAGAAUUUCCAGGGAAGCGUGUUAAUAAGACUCUUCCACAUGCCCGUCCUAGCUUUAAUCUCAUUGAGGUGGUUGUUGGUGAAGACCAGUACAAGAAUGAAAGCAAGAAGCUUGCAGCUCAUAUGGCUGAUCCAGAAGUUGAGGGAUUGUAUGAGACAAAGAUGCCUUUAGAAUAUAGUGCUAUUCUACGGAUUGGUUGUGUAUGCAAGUUGAUCCAGGGUGCCAACAGUCGAGGCCUUGAGGAUGGAUGGAGUCUUGAUGAACUGCUGAUGAAGACCACUACUGAAUGUUCCUAUUUAGAACAUCAAAUGCCAUUCUUUUACUUGUAUCAUAGCAUGUCAGAAGGAAGGGGCAUCUUUGUGAUUUACAUCCCUGCAUCUAGCUCUAUAUCUGUGGUGGUACUAAAUCCCUACCAGAACAAGGAAUUGUCGAUGACUCUGCUGGAAAAGCAGUUCCGAGAAGCUUGCCAAGUUCUUUCUGUGGGUCCAAAUCUUCAAUCGAGUGGAAUCUUCGUUAAGGUGGACUAUGUGGUAUCUAUCAAAGAUGCAGGAAAACUACUGCAGAGAAUUUUAAAUGAGUAUCGGCAUCAGCAUCAUGGCCCUGCUAUCAGUGUCAUUGAAUGUCCAAAAGUUCAGGAUCUAAAGUUUCUGAUACCUACUCUUGAUGAUUUCCCAUGUGUUACUAUUCCAUGCAAUGCUCGAGACAGUCAGUAUCAGGCUCUUGGUUGGCAGGUUGUGGCUGCAAAAACUGCGAUGCAGCGAUGUGCUGCAUCGUCUCAAUGGCUCAAUGAGCGGAUUUCUCUCGCUAGAUAUGCACAUGUACCUUUGGGCAAUUUCGAACAUGAUUGGCUUCUAUUUACUGCAGACAUCUUUUAUUCUAGGGCUUUGCAUGAUGCACAGCAGGUUCUUUGGAUAUCUGACUGUGGUAUUCCAGACCUUGGAGGCCUAUUUGAGGAAGAUGCUAGUUUCAUAGAUGAGAUCCAGCAGUUGGUUAUCACAUAUCCUGGGGCCUACAGAAAAGUGACGGUUGAGUUGAAGAUUCAUCACCUUGCUGUUAAUUCUCUUCUCAAGAGCAGUCAGCUUGAUGAAAUUGAAGGAGGCAUGUUAUUAGGACAUGAGCCAGAUAUGCCUACUGGACCCCCUUUCGUAUAUAGUUCAUCUUGUUUUGAUGAGAUUGCUGCAUGCUCUUCUGCCUUUCGUGUUCUGAAGCAUUUGAUACAGAGAUGCCUUUCAGAUGCUGUUACAUCUGGCAAUGUGUUUGCUGAUGCAAUACUGCAGCAUCUUUACCGCUGGAUUUGCAGUCCGCAGUCAAAACUCCAUGAUCCUACCUUGCAUCGUGUCCUACAGAAGAUUAUGCAGAAGGUGUUUUCACUCCUAUUAGCUGAGUUCCGCAAACUAGGUGCAGUUGUAAUCUUUGCUGAUUUCUCAAAGAUCAUCAUAGAUACAGGGAAAACAGAUAUCUUGGCAGCUCAAGGAUAUUGUGAAUGCUUAUUAAAAGCAUUACAGUCUAGAGAUCUUUUUGAAUGGAUUGAGCUCGAGCCAGUCCGUUUUUGGCAUUCCUUGCUCUUCAUGGAUCAGUACAAUUAUGGAGGGAUUUUAGCUAAGGUUCUUAGCGGAUGUAGUUCCAACAUACAACAGGCAUCUGGUUCGGGAGUUCUGAAUGAUACACAUCUGGACAUUGUCUCAAGCUGGAAUAUUGCUGAAUAUCUGCCAAAGAAAAUUCAGGAUUCGUUCCUUUUGAUUGUCUCUGAGUUUAUCUAUAUACCAUGGAAAUAUGCGAAGGAGCAAUCAGCAAUUAGAUCAGCUUCAAGAGAAGAUAGUUUCUCCACACCUUCAGUCACAGUUGCAGUUGCUCGAACACAGGAGUCUGAUGUUACUGAAUUUCUAAAAGAACAGAUUGGAUCUUACUUCACAGAUAAGCUUUUGAGGAUUGUUAAUGAUAUUAUGUGCCAUCCUAAAGCACAGAAUUUCAGUGGGGAUGAUAAACCUUCUGUUUACAAACUCCCUCAUCUAGGUGGCUCUCAUAUGCAUAUGUGUGAUGCUGCAUUGGAGUUGAUUAAACACAUUUCUGCUGUUUUUGUGCUUGACCAACAUGUUCAACAUGAUGUCCUGGUCAUGAGGAAAAACCUUCUAAGAUUGAUACGUGUGAGGGAGUUUGCUCCAGAGGCACACUUUUGUGAUCCAUGUUUAUCCUUUACAUUACCAAAUGUGAUCUGCAGCUACUGCAAUGAUUGCAGAGAUCUUGAUUUAUGUCGUGACGUGUCACUGCUUGAGAAUGAUUGGUAUUGUGCGGUGCAACAAUGUGGCCAACCUUAUAAUCGGGAAGUGAUGGAAAACGCGCUUCUCCAGAUUGUUCGACAAAGAGAACGACUCUACCACUUACAAGAUCUUGAAUGUACCAAAUGUCGCAAGGUGAAAAAUGCUCAUCUAGCAGACCAGUGUGGUGAAUGUGCAGGAUCAUUCCAGUGCAGAGAAAAUGCCAAUGACUUCUUGAUGAAAAUGCAAGUUUUUCUGAAUGUUGCCAUUCGCCAGAAAUUCCGGCUUCUUGAAGAUUGUACUGCUUGGAUUUUAAGCUUAAGGAAAAAGUGAGAUGUUUAAUAGCAUGGCAUCAUUGUUGACUAGAAGCGAAUUGACAAAUACGGACAUCAUAUCUGUUGUACAUGUAAUGCCUGGGUUGAAUCUGGUUGAGCAUCCCUGGCUCAGAUGUUCUGUCAACUUUAGAAGAAAAGCUUGCCUCGUGUGGAAAUCCUUGAUGCAUUUAGGUUUGUUAUAUUGUUAAAGCUUUAUGCUUCUAUAUUGUACAUAUUAAAUUUAUAAUGCUUCACUGUGUAAAUAUUUGUAUUAUAUCUGUAUUUGUUUACUUGUUGGGAAAUAAUAAAUCUUUAUUAUUUAA